AGCAGCAGCAGCAGCAGCAGCAGCAGCAGCAGCAGGAGAGAUCGCAUCUUUUGAGAGACAGGAGAGAGAGAGGGGGGGAGAGAGAGCCUCCUUGUGAUGCCAUACAGGAAAUGCCAUUAUGCAAUUAUGUGGUGAAUGCUCUCGUAAUACGGACAAGAUCCCAUCAUCACCACCACCACCACCAUCACCACCGCCGCCGCCGUCAUCUCCACGCGAGCAUCGUCGAAUGUGAAAAAUGGAGGUUGUACGUGAGGUGCUUCAGACACACUCCAUGCACGACAAAACGAUGAGUCAGACUACAAUGGAAACGAGUGUUGACGGGGGCCGGCCUCAGGCAGCCUCCUUGACCAGUUAUCCGACAAGCGAUCCUGGGAGGUGUCCCGGCCUAAGGAAUGGCGAAGAGGCCUGGUAUCUACAACAGGUUGGUUGCGAGCUGGCCGGCGGGCUGCCUGACGCCCCCCCUCAACACAGCACCGUGGCUGCAAAUCCGGCCCCCGUGGCGGCCUACCCGCCCACCCAAGAUAUGUCCAACAUGUCCUCCGCAUACUACAGCGCCUACCCCGAUUAUCGGCCGCCCCAUCCGCCCGACGAAUACCCGGGCGUGCCGGGUGGGCAAGGGGGCGGCGGCGGGGGGCAUUGUGGGCAGGAGUACGACCCCCGAAUGCCCCCGACCCACCCGUACUACACUCAGCAAGGCUACCCGCGUUACCCGCCCUACGACCGACUCAUGAACAAUUAUUAUAACGCACAGACGCCCCAACACCCGCACACCCCCCACGGCAUGCAACCCCACGACGCCCACGACUACCGCGACCCAUCACCAGCCGCGCCCACCUGCAUGGGUCAACAAGCCUCCCCACCCGUGCAGCAAUACCCAUCUUGCAAAAUGGCUGGGCAGCAGGGCCCACCUCAGCAGCAGGCGCCUCAGCAACAGCAGCCGGGCAUGGAUCCGUCCGGAGGUCCUCCGCAGGACACCGCCCACCACAUGGCCACUCAAGAGGGCCACCAAGGAUGGCCCACUCAACCACCUCAACAACAGCAACAACAAAAUGCCCCAUCCGCCCUCCCUUCACCCCUAUACCCCUGGAUGAGAAGUCAGUUCGAGAGGAAACGAGGACGACAAACCUACACUCGCUACCAGACCCUCGAACUGGAGAAGGAGUUCCACUUCAACCGAUACCUGACGAGGCGGCGGAGAAUAGAGAUCGCCCACGCCCUGUGUCUCACGGAGCGUCAGAUCAAAAUCUGGUUCCAGAACCGCCGUAUGAAGUGGAAGAAGGAGAACAAGAGCAAAGUGGAGAACGGAAACCCCCUCUCAUCAGAGACCCCCACCCCCACAUCCCCCACACAGUGACCUAUGUGCUGUGGCUCGGUUGCCAAAUAUUGACCUAAGGGUAUGCAAAAGUGCCAGUGAAGAGUGUGUGACCCUUUUUAUAUACUGGAUAAUUAAGUGCUAUUUUACAUAGUUUACGCGUAAUGUGCUCCAUUUGUACAGUGUAUCUCCAAUGAUUGGCAAAAAAAGAAAAAAAAGAAAAAAUAGUUUUUUUUGGAUAUACCAGUGACUUAAAAAGUUUUUUUUUUUGGAUAUACCAGUGACUACAAUAUGUAAGCUAUGAGGUGACGUCUCUCUCUCUCCUAAGGCGCCAGGAAGCAAAAGUUUAAAAAUUAUACGAAUGAAAAUUGAAAAAAAAGGGAAAUAAUAUAAUAAUAAUAAUAAAAGUGCAUUCAUCUGUGUUGAGUUUGGUGUUCAUGCCGGGAUUUAAUAGCCUACGACGUCGAGUGCCAGUAACGAAAGGGGCUCCGGGAGCCGGGUCAAGCAGUGACGUGGUAUAUAUAUAUAUAUAUAUAUAUACUCUCUCUCGAUCUGUCUUCUGUUUUCAACUUUUUGUAAAUCAUAAGAGCCUUAUUUUGCAGUGACCUGUGUUCGUUUCUGUUCAUCACUUUAUAUCACUUUAUGAUAAUAUAAAAUCAUUUUACACGGAAGAUGAUAACCUCCUCCUUCAUCCAACGACAAUAUUGUGCAGUCAGCAGGAAAGACUAUAUAUAUAUACAAAUCAUUCCAUGACCCAGAGGAGUUUAAUAACAGCCAGUAAUUAUUAUGAUUAUCAUCAUUAUUCUGUUUGUAUCUCCCUCCCUACCAUGUCAGGCGUCAGUCCCCUCGCUAGCCAGUACCAAUAUAUAAAAAAAAACAAAAAAAAAUUAAAAAGAAGCAGAAAAAUUCACGUAGGAGAGUCUCUAGCUGUUAAAAGAUAAACUCAUGUGUCUCCUACUCUCUGGUUUGUAUAAAAUAUAAGUAAGAGGAAGAAGUUUCGAUACAAAAUUGAUGUUUCCCGCUAGUAACAACCCAGUAUAUAAGAUGAUAUAUGCUAGAUUGUAGUGGAGGUGAAACUUGAUUAGGUGUUAUUGACUACUAAGUACUACUAUACUACUAGUAUACCACACAGAGGUUUUAAGUAAUGGUAAUAAGAAACAAAAAUAAAAAAAAAAAGUGUGAUCCGCAGAGAUGGUCCCCCUCCGAGGUGAUUCACUCAUUGCAUAGACUGACACCUUCUAUAGAAUGGUCUCCGUAGGCAGGUGGCUAAGAAUCUACAAGGGUGUGUGUGUGUGUACACUGUACUGUACUGUACAGUCGUUCUUGUGGUCUGAUGAUCUGCUGUACACUAUCAAUGGUGGCAUUACUGUAUUUUCUCCCCCCAACCCACCCAAUUUUUAUUUCUUUUUUAUAUAUAAUAAUAUAUACCUGUAUAAAGAUAGGUGCAUAUAGUAGCAUCCUUCCCGCCUAUCGUGAGGGGCCAGUUUAUAGAAGGGGUCUCUCUUACUUAACGAGGUGGUCAUUUUGCGGAAGGAAUAGUCAGCUGUAUGGGCAAAUCCUGAAACCAGUCCAUAUCACAAAGUAUCCACAUAUUGUGCUCAAUGAUAUUUCAUAAUUUUUUCCGUUCUUCUUUUGUUCUUUUGGGUACGUCAAAACGAUUGUUGUCUUUUUUUUUUUUUUUUUUUUCUUAAGUGUUGCGUCUCUGCUUCGCGCGCUCUAUACAUACCACUGUUGCCCAUAUAAUGCUAUUCUGCCGACUGUGUGAUGCUUGUGACGGACGGGUAAAUAAAGAUAAAAAAAGAGACUCACCUAUGGAAGGCAUUGUUGUGAUAUAUAUAUAUAUUUCACGAGUCCUCGACGCCGCUGAAUCGACCGUUUUAUGGUACAAGGUUAUUCGCUAUAGGGACAGUUUUACUGAUAAACUAUCUUAACUCACUCAUUUUGUACAAGGAUUUGAUGAGUAAUCCAGUCAUGCUUGAAGUAUCCGUAUUUAUAACUCUUCAUGGUCAUCUAACCCCCCUCCCCUCCCCCCCCCACCAC